CAUUCCAGUGUGGCACCUGCCAGGGAAACUGUCUUUGUUCUUUUGAUAUAAAUAACCCUGUUCGAACCAUCAAAAGGCAGUUCAAUCGGAAGUCGUCCAUCAGUUUGGUUUGGUGACUUACUCCGACAAUGACGCCGCCCUCACUGCUAAUAUCAGUUCUUAUCGUGAUGGCCCUUACGGUUAGUCACGGACAGCAAGAGAUUCCAUGGGGGAAUUUUCCUUUUCAAACGGCCUUAACAUUAGCUACAGCACCGUUAGGUUAUCAAUUCAAUCUAUUAUUAAACAAUAACAAUAACAGUAUCAAUAUCAAUAUUCCUGAUUAUUUUUUUCCUAAUCUAACGAACAACCCUCCGGUAAAUAACAGGAUUUUGUGUGUUGAAAGGUAAGUUCAGUUUAUGUGUAAAGAUGGAAUUUAUCAAAAAUAUAUUUUCAGGGGCCGAGAAUUGCUUGAGGUCGAAAUAAAUAGUUAUGAUAUUAAUGUAAAAAUCGAUACCAAUAAGCCAGUCAUGUUCAUAAUUCACGGAUGGAUGGACAACUUUAUGAGUCGAUGGGUUCAAGAUACGGUGAACGACGCAUCGACUCUUUUAGAUGUGAACGUUUGUGCAGUUGAUUGGGCAAAUCUCGCACAUUACAAUUACUCUGAAUCUGUGGAUAAUACGCUGAUCGUUUCCGACCAAACUACUAAAUUUAUUAAAAUCCUCAAUCAACUGAAUGUACCAUCGAAAUCCAUAACUUUGGUAGGUCACGAUUUGGGGGCGCAUAUCUGCGGUCAAAUUGGUCAAAAUUUAAAUGGAGAAAUAGGACAAAUAUACGGAUUAGAACCGGCAGGAGCAUUGAUCACGACACCACCAGGUCGACCACUUUCGUUCCGGCUGGACAAAACAGAUGCCGAGUACGUACAAUUUCUUCUCACCGCCAAAGGUUCAGUAAGUGUCUCGGUUGGUGAAGGUCAUGAAAACUUCUACGUCAACGGAGGAGCUGCACCGCAACCAAACUGUGGCUCAAUAACGAACAACACCGGUGAUGCUGAGUCAGUCAUAAUUCUGCUCUGUAGUCAUUUUCAUGCAUAUAACAUAUUCCGGCUCUCGAUGAAUCCUCUGCUCGUGUAUCCAGCCCGCUUGUGUCUCAGUUGGGCAGAUUACAUCGCAGGUCGGUGCUUUUUGAAUCGAAUGACUCGGGCGGGAAUCUACAGCACCAAGCAGGGAGGUGACUUUUAUCUGAAAACCUCAGCACUCGCGCCGUUUAUUAUGUUUUGAGGGUAGAAGGUGACAUAAAUUUCAACAUAUUUGUAACGUAUACUGAAUUUGUUACUAUUAAAAAUUAAGCAUCUUAUUGAAUACUAAUAAUUCUAUAAAUGUAAGCUGAAUGUACGAUACAAUUACCUAUAUUUAAUAGUUCUAUUGUACCGACCUUUAUCUACAUUUCAAAUAAAUCAACAGUCCAAAAAUGAUACAUGUGAUUUUCUCAUCUUGUAUUUUUAUGCUCGCGUCAAUGUUAGUUUGCUUAUUGUUCAAUGUUUAUUGCUUAAUGACACGUCAACGAGAGGUUAGUGAAACUUGAGACAUCUAAACCAAACGCUAUAGUCUUUAAGGGAUGACAAAGCUACUGACAUCCAUGUGCAGCUUUAAACCAGUUGAAUGCCCUACCCAGAAGUUCUCACCAAGUGCUCUCCAAACACAGCAGUGCAGACUGAAGCUCCUCGAUUCCGGCCCUCUCUUAAGCUCUUCUAAUUGGUUUUCGACAGUCACUGCCAAAAGCAAUGCCAUUAUGCUCCGCAGUAAUACUGUACUUAAUGCCAUUCCAACCUAAAUACACAGUACCGAACUGUCCAAAAAAGUCCACAUUUGAGUACCAACUGUCCGCGUUGAUCCUUCUCCGGCGACACCAACCACACAAGGGACUUAAGUAAGUCCCGAGCACGCGUGUAAUGACGUCCCAACGAAGCUGGUCCGUAAUGGAAAACUAACCACAUUUGAAUACGGGGUGGAAUUUUCAUUCACCCUUAGACGGCCCUGGUGGCCCACAUAACCCCACCACAACACGUGAGCCAUCUCAUUACUGCUGCUGGGCGCAAUUUGUCGUCGACGGAAAUGGGUAAAGUUUUGUGGUCCCCUCGGACGGGAUGUGGAGCCGGAGGUUAGACCUUGGUCAUGUUCUUGUUUGUUUUGGUUGGUUUUGCAUUUAAAUGUUCGACGGAGAGCGAACCAAUUACGGGAUGGAAAUUGCGUGCGGGGGUUGAAAGUUAAGCGAAAUUAGACUGAGA